AAACCAAGAACCUUCAACUCAAACUCAAGACUGGCGUAGAAAGAAUGGGAGACUUUCAGAACACUGAACAAGACUUCUAUCAGUCUGGAUAUUAUAUUGAUGGUCAACAGGAAGAUGUGUAUGGCUAUGAUCCAGCCUACCUCAAUCCAGAAUACAAUGAUGCGGAUAAUUCAGCACACUUAGCAGAUGAAUAUGCAGCAUCAGCACCUUAUACUGGACAAGUGUAUCAGCCUGUAGCUCAACCCGAGCAAACAGAAUAUACAGACUCCUAUGAGGACGAACCACCUCUUUUAGAAGAGCUGGGCAUUAACUUUGAGCACAUCUGGCAGAAGACUCUGACUGUGUUGAAUCCACUGAAGCCUGCUGAUGGCAGCAUCAUGAACGAGACCGAUCUCACCGGCCCUGUUCUCUUCUGCGUCGCUCUGGGAGCCACACUACUGAUGGCAGGAAAGGCACACUUUGGAUAUGUAUACGGCAUCAGUGCUCUGGGAUGUGUCGGGAUGUACAUGUUGUUGAAUCUGAUGAGCAUUUACAGUAUAUCCUGUGGAAGUGUGGCGAGUGUGCUGGGAUACUCUCUGCUGCCAAUGGUGGCGCUCUCUGCAUUUGCUGUCGUUUAUUCCCUUCAGGGUCUGCUGGGAACGCUGUUGGCCUUGAUUGUGAUUGGCUGGUGCAGUCUGUCUGCUUCUAAGAUCUUCAGCUCCACUCUGGCCAUGAGCGGUCAGCAGCUGCUGGUGGCGUAUCCAUGUGCUCUUCUGUACGGCGUCUUCGCUCUUCUCACUGUCUUCUGAAAAUGCUCUGCAAAAUCUGAGCUAAGAAAGAUUACUCUUUGAUCAGAUGACAAUCCACUUUGCAUUCAAAAGCACAGUCCACCCCAAAAA